AAAGUUUAAUUAGGAUUUCUAAACUGUAAUAGUCUAAGAAUCUUUGAGACAUUACGAAAGAAUUCCAGUCUAAGUUAACCCCAGCGUGUUUCUUCAAAGUGCGUGUGCUAAUUUCACCUUCUGAGAGUAAAAAAAAAAAAAAAAAUAUGCGUUUAACACACAGCUCCUGCUUACUGGCAGAUUAGGUUGUUGCAAGAGGUGAAGCAAUGGUGUAUUGCUUUUAAAAGAACAGAUAUCCCCAAAAAUAUUACCCUUAAGGACUGUUAUUCAUAAAGGCAGACUGGAGGAUGUCUCCCAUUCGCUUUCCAUCCUCUGCCUCGCUGUGCCUCUUCGGUGGAGGGUCAAAUCUGGGAUAGUUGAUAACUCCGUAACCUGAUCUGAGCCCAGGACAUGGAUCAAGCAGAUGGCAGCUGAGCGGUGUAGGUGUUUGAAGUCUUUCGAAAUUUGGCCAAGAUUCAGGCAAAGUGAUCUGAUAAAUAAAUAAGAAAAGCAUCCUACAAUUCCCAGUGUGUAAUUCCCACCUGUCCCGAGUGUUUGCGCUGACCAGUUUUUUAAGCGUUUUUUUUUUUUUUUUUUUUGUGAUUGUUUACUCCGGUUCAUUAUUCAUAAAAAUCAAAUCCACCGACUAUUCUCCUUAACUAUUCUUGCUCUUGAUUAGAAUCGCUUUGUAUAUCAUUAGCUGUUUCAGCCAUCAAGUUCUGGUGAUUUUGUUUUAGUUUAGUGCACCCCUGUGACAUGUCUUUAUAAUUAGAGCUGGUGUAACCCUUAACCAACCCUGCCCUCCCCUGCAAUGCUCUGCCUCCGCGGAUGAGGUAUUUCUCACUCAUGCAUUUCUUUCAUUCACUGUUGGAGGACAGGUUAGUGCUUACACUCUGAUGUUCCAGCUGUACUUGGACAUGUUUUAGAGGAAGGGGUGCAUUAAACUUCUGAGGUUAAGGCUGUGAUGACAAACAAAAUUAUGUGCAAAGGGAAUUCUACAAAAAGGAGAAUACAACAGUUAUGAGAACUGUUCUAUUUCAAACUACACCAUUUUGCUCUCUUAAAGCGCAUUCUAAUUCUGUACGUUUUCACACUUCAGAUGACUUAUUUGUUUUCUGAAUCCAUGUGGGAAGAGAGACCCACAUUUUUCCCCUGUGCCCGAUUGAAUAAUUAGACUGGUGAGCAGAGACUGCAUCCACGGAAUUCAUUAAAAAAAGUGAAACACGUUCUCCAACAACGGUUUAAAUGCACAGCUGAGACGCUUGACUGCUUGACUUAGUUGCUCAAAGGUCUGUGAUCUGAAGUUCAGAUGAGUUGUUUUUCUCGUCUUUAGGGGAUUUUCAUUAGGUGACUCAGUACUGUGAUUGCCAAAGAGAAGACCUCCCCCUCAUACACAUGCCUUUUUCUAUGUGCCUUGUGUAUGAAGAAUGGCUUGCCAAGUGUGAGUAAGCCUGUCUGAAACCGAGGGAAACUGUACAUGAUUAGAAAACCAGGGGAUACAAUGCUGUGUCUGUCUGUCUAAUAGUGCUGGGCAGUAUGCAGUGACAAGGACAGCAGCCGUGUCUCCGGGAAAGGUGCGAGGGGCUGAUAGAAGUUUUCUGUAGUUAAAGCAAAGCUGCACGAGAGACCCUUGGUUCCUGUUUCAUAGGUGUGGGAGACACUGCAGCCCAGAGUCAGUGGAACUGCAGCUCCAAUACACAAUGACAGGCACCACUCAGCAGACCUCCAAGUCCCAGCCGGUCCAUAUCCCAGCAUCCUCGGCAGCAGGGACGACCCCCGUCAGUGUGACCCUUGACCCCCAGGCACAGCUGGAGUCGGACAAGCGCGCCGUGUACCGGCACCCCCUGUUCCCGCUGCUGGCUCUGCUCUUUGAGAAGUGUGAACAGGCCACGCAGGGCUCGGAGUGCAUCACCUCGGCCAGCUUCGACGUGGACAUCGAGAACUUCGUCCACCAGCAGGAGCAAGACCACAAGCCCUUCUUCAGCGAGGACCCCGAGCUCGAUAACCUGAUGGUGAAGGCGAUCCAGGUGCUGCGUAUCCACCUGCUGGAGCUGGAGAAGGUGAAUGAGCUCUGCAAGGACUUCUGUAACCGCUACAUCACCUGCCUCAAGACCAAGAUGCACAGCGACAACCUGCUGAGGAGCGACCUGUCGGGACCCUACUCCCCGACGCACACCACCCUCAGCUUGCAGCAGGUCAGGCAUUCACGGCCUUCACUGCUCAUUAGUAAGGCUGGAUUUAUUGCACCGCUGUCACAGAUUUCCAUUCAAUUUACCCACUGCCGUGAAAUAUGUGGUUUAUGUGAAACAAAUGUGUGACAACGCAAUUUAUUU